AUGUCUUCCAAACAGAAAACCAAAGCCAAGGGGCGAGAUGGUGCCCCCUCAGCGAAAAUCACCGACGCGCGCUUCGCCAGCUUCGAGACCGACCCUCGUUAUGCCCUCCCCUCCAAGCGCAAGACCAAGACCACCAUCGACAAGCGUUUCUCGCGCAUGCUCAAGGAUGACGAUUUCACCUCGACUGCAAAGACCGACCGCUACGGCCGCAAGAUCAAGUCCGACUCCAAGAGGAAGGCGUUGCAGAGGCUGUAUCAAGAGGAGGAUGAAGAUGAACAAGCAGAGGAGAACGCCGAGGAUGAUGACGAUGACGACGUAGAGGUCGAGGCAGACGACGUGGUCAGGCGGGAGCUAGAGAAGGCCAAGACAAAAUAUGAUCCUGCGAGAGGCGGCGGCUUCUCCUCGUCCGAAUCUGACUCUGAUUCAAGUGAAGACGAGGACGACGAUGACGACUCGGAAGAGGAGGUUGAUAACGCACCAGAUAUGCAGCAAUACCGGACCCAGCAGGCCGAGGUCGAAACCGGUGAAAUCACAAAUCGCAUAGCUAUCGUCAACCUCGACUGGGACAACAUCAAGUCCGUCGACUUGAUGGCUCUGUGCAAUAGCUUCGUCCCACUCGGCGGGCGUAUAGAGAAAGUCUCCAUCUAUCCCUCUGAGUUUGGUAAGGAGAGAAUGCAGCGCGAAGAGCUAGAGGGGCCGCCCAAGGAGAUUUUCAAGAAGAGCAGCGGCGAUGAGGACGACGAAACUUCCGAAGACGACGAGGAGGAGCCGGAAGACGAUGGCGAGGACAGUGACGAGGAGGCCAAGAACGACCUUUUCAAGGAGGAGAACGACGAGGAUUUCGACAGCGAUGCACUGCGGACCUAUCAGCUGGACAGGCUCCGGUAUUACUACGCAGUCAUGAUCUGCUCAGAUAAGAACACUGCGCAGAAGAUCUACGAGGAAACAGACGGUUCGGAAUACCUGUCGUCGUCCAAUUUCCUCGACUUACGAUUUGUGCCGGACGACGUCACGUUCGACGACGAACCUCGGGAUGAAUGCAAGAGCGUGCCCAAAAACUACAAGCCUGUCGAAUUUGUGACGGAUGCCCUGCAGCAUUCCAAGGUCAAGCUGACCUGGGACAUGCACCCAGAGGAUACCAACCGCAAAGAGAUUAUGAAAAAUGCAUUCAGUGGCAGCAGGGAUGGCAUUGCGGAGAAUGACAUCAAAGCAUACCUAGCCAGUGGCAGCGAGGACGAGGAGGAUGAGGAAGAAGACGGAGAGGGCGUGGUGGGCGCCUCCGAUGCCCCAAAAUUGAGCAAGAAGGAACUUGCUCGCAAGAAGAUGCGAGAGGCACUCGGCUUUAAGGACGAGCCUUCGGGCAAGUCAUCCAAGUCAGGCGGUCCUGUAGGAGACAUGCAGAUCACAUUCACUUCAGCACUUACCGAGGAUACGCGCAAGAAGGCGCCGGGAGAGGAAACGACCGCAGAGAAAUACAUCCGCAAGGAGCGUGAGAGGAAGGCUAAGCGGAAAGAGCAAGCCCUAGCAAACAGACAAGGCGCCAAGACAGAAAGCGAAGAGGGGCCUCAGGAAGAUCUUGGCUUCGACGAUCCAUUCUUCACAGCCGAAGAGCCCGAGAAGAAGUCAAAAUCUGCCAUGAACAAGGAAGAACGGCGGAAGAAGCGCGAGGCAAGGGAGGCCGAGGAGAAGCAGAAUGCAGAGGAGAAGGCCCAGUUGCAACUCCUCAUGGCAGACAACCCUGACGAGGGGGCUGGCCACCUGGACCACUUCGACAUGAACGAGAUCCUGAAGGCCGAGAAGAACAAGAAGAAGAAGGGCAAGAAGGGCAGGAAGGACACAGAAACCGCGGCCGACCUGCAGGAUGACUUCCGGAUGGAUGUCCAUAACGACCGCUUCAAGGCUGUCUUUGAGGAUCAUGAGUUUGCCAUUGAUCCAUCCAACCCUAAGUUCAAAGGUACCGUAGGCAUGAAGAGCAUGUUGGAGGAGGGCAGGAGGAAGCGGAAGCACGGCGGUGAUGAGGCGGGCAGCGAGAGGCGAAGAGAUCAGAAGUCGAAAAAGCAGUCUCGUCAGCUCGAUCAAGAAGAAGUCUGGAAGUAGAAAAUAGUCAAACUAUAGUCUGGAGGCAUAUAUUCUCUCGAAUAACACG